AUGGGAGAGGACUGGAAUUCGGACACGACGGGACUUUUACUCUGUUCUACACGGUAUCAAUCCCACGACUGCACGGCUCGCGAGGAGGAUUCUCGACUGGCUGAUGGACACGGGGAAGCUGCCGAUGUACAGCUUAGCCAGGAGGCUCGAGCUGGAAACGGCGGCCUGAAGCGCCCCCGUUCGGAGGCCAGGAGGCCUCCUUUCUUUGUAUAUGCUAAGGAUAUCGGACAACAAGCUGCGGAACGGAAACUCAAAACCCAAGAUUUCGCCUUAUCGAGGAUUGCAGCAAAGACGUGGGGCCCGAGCCUAUCCAGGGCUCGGGAGGUCUACGUAAAGUGCAUCCGCAGUGCCAUAGCUUACGGAGCCUCCAGCUUCCACCAACCAACAGCUCCAAGAGCUACAGGGCCGAAGGGGCCUGCAAAGGUCUUGUCAAAAGCUCAGAACAGGAGCCUUCGAAUAGUAGUAGGGGCAUACAAGUCAGCUCCUAUUCGGUGCCUAGAAACAGAGGCCUGGGUGCCACCGCUAGACUUAUAUCUCAACAAGCGGCUGGCUGACUUCGAGGGCCGGCUACAGAAGCAGGCCCUACAAUCAGGGACUGGGCCGGAGGCUGAGAGAAUAACCACGGGGCAUCUAAUCACUGAGGCCUGCAAUAAGGUCUACCGAAGGUUCAACAAGAGGAGGAAAACCCGAGGCCGGGGGCCCCGUCAGGGCCCGCAGAGUCCCACGCCCACUGAACUAGCCGCUAGUGUAGUGGCCCAGUGGGUUAACUACAAAUGGAAGAUCGGGGGGAAGGAUAGGGGGUCGAAUACCAAGGAGGUGGUUGAACUGGCCUGGCAGGCCCGGUGGGAACAACAGAGAGCUGGUCAACAAAGUACUACUCGACAGAGGGUAUUAAACAGGAGGAUAGCCGACGAAGACCCCCCAGCCCUCUUGUUUACCGACAAAGCUCUGAUGAGACACGAAGGUCUUACAAAGGCGCAGAGCUCCCUCCUUUCCCAGGCCCGUAUCGGGGAUAUAGGCCUCCGGGACUACCUGUUCAGGGUGAAAGUCCCGGAGGUCCGCACCCCCUAUUGCGAGUGCGGGAGAGGCAGGGAGACGGUGGAGCACUUGGUGGUUUGGUGCCCCGACCCGCCGUUACAAAGGCCGUGGGACGGCAGAGAGAUUCGGUCACAUCGGGACCUACAAACCGUAUUACGGGGAGUAGGUGCCCGGAGCAGAAGAUUUGUUAGGAAGGUCCUUGGCUGGCUGAUGGACUCUGGCCGGCUACUGGAGUAUAGGCUGGCCAGAAGGCUGGAGCUAGAAACAGUGGAUGGGGAGGGCUAG